AUGGGAUUGGGGGAUGCCCCUGUGCAUUAUCUCAUCUGCUGUGCUUUCUCGAACUUAUCUCUUGAACCUCUUUCCAAAACCAACGGUGAAAGCCCACCCUUUGUCCAUCAACAGCCUUUUUCCUGUUUUGCUACUGCCAUGGCCAGCGGAUCAUCCAAAUACCAUGUUGUCGUUACAGCCAACUCUGUUCCUUUCGCUCAUCAAUUCGACCUCGACGAUGCUAUAACGAUGCCGGAGAAUCCUCAAGCCAGGCAACAAGCAGUCAACUCUUUGGUUUCAGACUUGCCGGCUGUUAAUAAUGCAACUGGAAGUUGCUCAAUUUGCAUGGAAUGUUUCAGGCAAUCUGAUCAGGAUGCUGCUAGACAAGUCUCCUGCGGCCAUGUCUAUCACCAUAUUUGCAUUUCCGAUUGGCUCUUAAACGGCAACAGCAACUCUUGCCCUCUUUGCCGUCAUGAAAUCUCCGGCUGA